CAAAACAAACCUCGGAAGGGAAAAUUGGAGCGAAAGAACGAUAAAUAUGGCGUCGGCGUCCUCGUCAGACGGAGUUGCCGGAAGGAUUCAGAACGCUUCUUUGGUUCUUGUCUCCGAUACCAAUUCCACGCUUGCGGAUAUCCGCAAAGCUGUGGCAAUGAUGAAGAACAUUGCUGUUCAAUUGGAGAAAGAAAAUCAAACUGAUAAGGUUAAGGACCUUGAAAAUUCUGUGGCUGAGCUAUUGGAUUUGUGUAGUGAUUGUAAUCACCGUUCGUCAGCAAUUCAAUCUGUUGCAAAUAGGUACCAACCCGGGGAACAGUUAACGGACUUUCAGAAGUUGCUUGAUGAUGAAUUCACAAAGCUCAAGGCUACACCUUCUUCUGUGCCACAAAAUGAUCAUUUGAUGCGCCAGUUCAGGGAAGCAGUUUGGAACGUUCAUCAUGCUGGUGAACCAAUGCCUGGUGAUGAUGAAGAGGACAUUGUCAUGACCAGUACUCAGUGCCCUCUCCUAAACAUGACAUGUCCCUUAAGCGGGAAGCCUGUCACUGAACUAGCUGAUCCAGUUCGCAGUAUGGAUUGCAGGCACGUCUAUGAAAAAGCUGUAAUCCUGCAUUACAUAGUCAACAAUCCAAAUGGGAAUUGUCCUGUAGCAGGAUGCCGAGGUAAACUGCAGAACAGCAAAGUGAUUUGUGAUGCAAUGUUGAAGUUUGAAAUCGAGGAGAUGCGCUCGUUGAACAAACAAUCUAAUAGGGCUGAAAUGGAUGAUCCUGCCCAUUUGGAAAUUUUCAACCAUGAUUGUUCCAAGGAACUUCCAGUGGCUGCUGCUGAUCUUGAGAGAAAGAAGUCACAAGAAUUCAACUUUUUCUUGGUUAUUGACUUGGAAGGAAAAGUUGAGAUUCUUGAGUUUCCUGUUUUGAUCUUAGAUGCCAAAACCAUGGAAGUCGUAGACUUGUUCCACAGGUUUGUAAGACCCACCAAAAUGAGCGAGCAAGCAAUUAACAAAUACAUCGAAGGCAAGUAUGGGGAAGUCGGUGUUGAUCGUGUAUGGCAUGAUACAGCUAUUCCAUUUAAGCAAGUUGUUGAGGAAUUUGAAGCUUGGUUAGCUGAACAUGACUUGUGGACUAAAGAUACAGAUGGGGCUCUGAACGAUGCAGCUUUUAUAACCUGUGGAAACUGGGAUAUAAAGACGAAGAUUCCUGAGCAAUGCAUAGUUUCAAAUAUCAAUCUUCCGCCAUAUUUUAUGGAGUGGAUCAAUCUCAAAGACAUUUACUUGAAUUUCUAUGGCCGUGAGGCCAGAGGAAUGGUGUCAAUGAUGAGGCAGUGUGGAAUAAAACUCAUGGGAAGUCACCAUUUGGGUAUUGAUGACACAAAGAACAUCACGAGGGUGGUGCAACGGAUGCUCUCAGAAGGUGCAGUUCUCAAGAUUACAGCUCGAAGGAGCAAAUCCAAUAUGAGAACCGUCGAGUUUCUGUUCAAGAACAGGAUCAAAGAACCGUUGAUAGCUUAUAAGGUGUUCGACAAUAUGCCUGAGAGAAAUGUUGUUUCAUGGACGGCUCUAAUGAGCGGUCAUGUACUUAAUGGUGACCUUAAGGGGUCCUUAUCUCUUUUCACAGAAAUGGGGCGUCAGGGUAUAUACCCAAACGAGUUCACUUUCUCGACGAAUCUAAAAGCUUGUGGUUUGCUUAAUGCGCUUGAGAAGGGGUUGCAGAUUCAUGGGUUUUGUUUGAAGAUUGGUUUUGAAAUGAUGGUUGAGGUGGGUAAUUCUUUGGUUGACAUGUAUUCAAAAUGUGGAAGAGUCAAUGAAGCUGAGAAAGUGUUUCGUUGGAUGGUGGGUAGGAGUCUGAUAAGCUGGAACGCGAUGAUAGCUGGAUAUGUACAUGCGGGUUAUGGUAGUAGAGCUUUGGCUACGUUUGGGAUGAUGCAAGAGGCAAAGAUAAAGGAAAGGCCAGACGAGUUCACUUUGACUAGCUUGUUGAAGGCUUGCAGUAGCACUGGUAUGAUUUAUGCAGGAAAACAGAUUCAUGGUUUUCUAGUUAGGAGUGGGUUCCAUUGUCCAAGUUCCGCAACCAUCACCGGUUCUCUUGUGGAUUUGUAUGUCAAGUGUGGAAAUCUCUUUAGUGCUCGGAAAGCUUUUGAUCAAAUCAAGGAAAAGACAAUGAUCUCAUGGAGUUCAUUGAUUCUUGGAUAUGCUCAAGAGGGUGACUUCGUGGAGGCGAUGGGUUUGUUUAAGCGACUACAGGAGCUAAGCUCUCAGAUUGACAGUUUUGUUCUUUCUAGCAUCAUUGGAGUCUUUGCUGAUUUUGCCCUCUUGCAGCAAGGGAAGCAAAUGCAAGCACUUGUUGUGAAACUUCCAUCUGGGUUAGAAACAUCUGUUUCGAAUUCACUGGUGGACAUGUAUCUCAAGUGUGGAUUAGUCGAUGAGGCUGAGAAAUGCUUCGCCGAAAUGCAGUUGAAAGAUGUGAUCUCCUGGACUGUAAUGAUCACUGGCUACGGGAAGCACGGGCUUGGCAAAAAAGCUGUUAGUAUUUUUAACAAAAUGUUGAGACAUAACAUUGAGCCUGAUGAGGUAUGCUAUUUAGCUGUACUUUCUGCUUGUAGCCAUUCUGGUAUGAUCAAAGAAGGUGAAGAACUUUUUUCAAAGUUACUAGAGACACAGGGUAUCAAACCUAGGGUCGAACACUAUGCAUGUGUAGUUGAUCUACUAGGACGAGCUGGUCGUUUGAAGGAAGCUAAACAUCUGAUUGACACAAUGCCGAUUAAACCAAAUGUCGGAAUAUGGCAAACACUUCUUAGCCUCUGUCGAGUACAUGGGGACAUCGAAUUAGGGAAAGAAGUGGGUAAGAUUCUUUUGAGGAUAGAUGGAAAGAAUCCUGCAAAUUACGUGAUGAUGUCCAACCUAUAUGGGCAAGCCGGUUAUUGGAACGAACAAGGGAACGCACGAGAGCUUGGGAGUAUAAAAGGGUUGCAGAAAGAAGCUGGUAUGAGCUGGGUCGAGAUUGAGAGAGAGGUACAUUUCUUCCGUAGUGGAGAGGAUUCACAUCCUCUGACACUUGUGAUCCAAGAAACUUUGAAAGAAGUUGAAAGAAGACUGAGAGAAGAAUUGGGAUAUGUUUACGGGCUGAAACAUGAGCUGCAUGAUAUAGACGAUGAGUCAAAGGAGGAGAACCUUAGAGCUCACAGCGAAAAGCUAGCAAUUGGUCUGGCAUUGGCAACAGGCGGCUUAAACCAGAAAGGAAAGACUAUAAGAGUGUUCAAGAACUUGAGGGUAUGCGUAGAUUGUCAUGAGUUCAUCAAGGGGCUGUCUAAAAUCACGAAGAUAGCGUACGUUGUGAGAGAUGCUGUUCGGUUUCACAGUUUUGAAGAUGGUUGUUGUUCCUGUGGAGAUUACUGGUGACCCUCAAGCUUGAUUACUUCUGUUAAGCGUACGAUUGGGUUUCAUGGUAAAGCUGAUACUCUUCGUCUACGUUGUUAAUUUAUUUUCUCCAUUUAUAGAAAUAUAAUACAAUUGUCUAU